AUGGCAUCAUUAUUGAACUCUUCAGAGAUCUCCAUACUGGGGAUGAACGAUCACCACCACCACCACCACCAUGACACCAACCAUGGGGGAGAGGAAGAGUGCCCACCGCUGAGUACCCAGGCUCCUGCUUGGCAGUGGGUGUACAGCAUGCAGCCCGCCUACAUGAUGGCCGUGUCAGUCACAGGCAUCACUGGCAACGCCUUCGUCCUGGCUGUCCUCAGUCUGCACACACGGCAGCACCGUACCACAGCUGACGUCUACCUGGCUAACCUGGCGGCCGCGGACCUGCUUCUGACCUGCAGCCUGCCUUUCUGGGUGCACGCCAUCCUGCACGAGUUCCGCUGGGUCUUCGGCACGGCCAUGUGUCGCCUGGUCAGCCUGCUGAUUGGCAUGAACUACCUGUGCAGCGUCCUCUUCCUCACCGUGGUCAGCGUAGACCGCUAUGUGGCGUUGGCCAGGCCCCUGGCCCACCGGCGGGGGAGGCAUCGCGUGGCACUGGCCUGGGCCGUGUGUGGCGCCGUCUGGGUCCUCAGCGGCCUCCUCACCCUGCCCGCCCUGCUCUUCCGCUCCGUACACAUCCUCCCUGAGCUGGGCGUGGAGGCCUGCAUCCUGGAGUAUCCACAUGCAGACUGGAGAAUCCGUUACAACUUGACAGCCAACCUGGUGGGCUUCCUUAUCCCCGUCCCCAUAGUGGCCUUCAGCACCUACAACAUCCUGGCCGUCCUCAACAGCAGCAAGCAGCUGCGUCGCUCCAUCGCCACCGCUGCCUCUGAGGGCCAAGGGGGCCACCAUACGGAGAGGAAGGCAGCCUCCCUGGUGCUGGCUGUUCUGGCUAUGUUUGUCCUCUGCUGGCUACCAUUCCAGCUGGUGUUGAUCCUGGACACACUGCAUCACUACAAAGUGAUCUCGGGCUGUGUGCUGGAGGACGUGCUGGACAUUUGGACCCAGCUGGCCUCAUGCCUGGGCUACAGCAACAGUGCCAUCAACCCUUUUCUCUACGUCAUGGUGGGCAAACACUUCAGGCAGAGGGCUGGGGCCAUACUGAGGUCAAUCACCUGCCGUGACAGGAGGACGUCCGGAUCUACACACAGCCCUACUACCACUGUCAGGUCGAAAUACACUGAGUGCAGUGCAGUGGCUGUUGAUUUGAAGCAAUAA